AUGCAUACUAUGGAGCAACACACCGUGUAUUCAACUCUUGAUGAGGCAUGGAUCGACAUUUAUGAUUUCAUCAAAAGCGAUACAACUUGCCGACAGAAUUUUAUUGGCCAAGUGAUUUCUAAACCGCGUGCUCCCGCUCUUUCGCCAUUGGUUACACCUAAUUUAAUAAAUGGUGGGGCUAAAAGAUUAGCACAAAUUGCGCCGAGAGAACCACCGACUCUUCAACUUCCACCACCUGGUCCGAUUUUUAAUCGACCUUUAACUCCACCGCCACCGCCACCGCCACCUCCGCAACCUGCGCAACCAGACUAUUAUGCGACCUCAUACUUCCCUCCAUCAACGAGCUACACCGACGUUUCCUAUGAUCCACCUUAUACUUACCAACAUCAACAUCAGCAGCAGCAGCGACAACUCCCGAUGAAAGUCGAAACGCCACCAAGUAGUCCAGAAGAAUCUGCGUCUGGAACAGAGUACCAGGAACUCGGGCCAAUUGCGGCACAAUUGCCAUGCAUUAGGGCAGACGGUAUGGAUUUGAGGCAUCACCGCAACGAACUUGAACUGGUCGGUUGUGGUUCGAUAUCGUCCUCGCCGACAACGUCCUCAUCGUCGUCAGCUGCUUCAGACGAAGGUGAUCGAUUAUUGACAGCAUCAACGUCAACAGCGACUACUCCGCCAGCGCUCAAACGACGAGCUAAGCAAACGAAGUCUGUUGUCCAUCAUUGCCACUACCAAGGAUGCUUUAAAUUCUAUUCGAAAAGUUCCCAUCUUAAAGCACAUGAACGAACGCACAGCGGUGAAAAGCCGUAUGUAUGCGAUUGGGCCAAUUGCAGUUGGAAGUUCGCAAGAAGUGACGAGCUGACACGUCAUCGCCGGAAGCACACUGGUGUGAAACCAUUCAGAUGCAGCCUUUGUGGAAAACAAUUUGCUAGAUCGGAUCAUCUCAGUUUACACAUGAAAAAACAUCGAAAUGUUUAA